UUUUAAUGGAAAAGGUGAACUAUUUACAUAACAAUAGUAAUUCAGCUUGCAUACGCGGAAGACAAAAUGGUCUGAACAACGGAGCUGUUUGAAGCCGCUCCUGUUAUUACAAGAGAAAACCGUUAGAGUAACAAUAUGGAAGAACGGUCAACGACACCAACGUUCAGGUCAGGCAGGCGGUCACCUCUACUAUCCAUGCUAUCGCCACCGCAUGAUUACCUUCCAACCUCACCAAGACGACGACUUACUUCGGCUGACUACCGUUUGACUCCCGAAAGCACGUCGAGACGCAUGAACAGCUCGCCCGUAACCAUCGGAUCGGGAACUGUGCUAAAACGACGAGAAGUAUUUGAACAGAAACACACUGGAAGUAGACAGUCUCCAAGUCCGGAUAGCCGUUCGCCCGUACCAGUACUAUCAACAUCACCACACCACAUUCCAUCGCGAAUUUACGGAACCAGUCCUAAAUGUUGGCCGCCUUCCUCUGAUAACAGUACGACUACAGUUAAAAGUGUAGAUAUCGGUACGUAUCAUACUAAAAGUCGUGACUCUUCGCCCAGUCGUGAAUCGUACUAUAUGAAUUCAAAGAAUGAUCUGAGCGACUUUUCAACUCCGCCUUCAACCUAUGUGAGUACACACUCAUAUGACCCGUCUUUUCCUGGGCGACCUCCAAAUAGUACAUAUACUUUGAAGCUCACAUUCGACUCCUGUGACUCUGUGAACACAAACUAUGAAUCGGUUGCCCCUACCAGAUUUUCGCAGACUAAAGUUUCACCGACUAACAGCCUGAGUAGUGGUUACGGAAGCAGUAAGUACUCUGGAACACCUACCAAUCUUAGCCCGAGGUGUGUCUCACCAAUCCACAAUUCUGAAUUCUUAGGGACUGAAUCACAUGUGCCUCUAGAAUUAUCAAAACCAUUCAGGAAAAACAGCAGUGAUGAAAAUAAUCUUUUAACAGUUUAUAAUAAACCAAGUUCACCUGUACCAUCUUCAGUGCCUGACAAUAACAUACCAAUGCCAAGGCAAGCAUUACAAUCUGAGGAUAGUGUGCAAGCAAAAAACAAACCUAAUGAAGUUUGCCAAGAGAGUACAGAAAUGCCUGCAGAAUCACAGUCUUUUAUCAAUCAUUGUGAAUGUCAUACUACCAUUAACAAUGAAAGUAAAAAUGCAAAGCAGUUAAAAAUAGAAAUGGAAGAUGAGAAUAUUGAGAAAGAGGACACUCAGAGCAAUAAUGAGACAUCAUUGAGUACUGAAUCGUGUCAACGCCUGAAACAUUGUAAAACACUCCUCAGAUCUCACAAUGUUUAUGAAGACAGUUUAGACUUAGAUAUUUCACCAUGCCCAUCCUCUCCGAUGCAGUCAUCCAUCUCUUUAGACGAUGCCUCCUCUAUGGAGAGAGUUGAUAGUCUAAAUACCGACAGUGAUGGCUCAGUUUUUGUAAAGCCGGAAUCUGAAAUUCAGCUGACUGAAAUCAACAAUUCUUCUCCAUGUAAUGCAGUCGCCAGACCCAAAUUACAGACUUCUGACAGCUUACUAGUACCCCAGGAGAGUACAGACAUUUUCACCAAAAGACCAAUACCCAAAUUAGAGCAGAUCUCAUUGGAUUCGUCACAUAUGGCUGGACAGCAAAGCCAGGAUGCGAAACCUUCAACUCCAUCGGUUGUGAUCAGCAUUCACUGCCAUGAUGAACCUGAAAACAAUAACAAAAUGAAACGUACACCAUCGGAGGAUGAUUGCACUAGGAAUGGGAUGUUGGGACCUAGUGUUGACUGGAGAGACAUUCCACGUAGUCUUAAUAGAAAGCUUUCAAGUACAAGCACAAUAUCCACCCUAAGUAGGGAUGAUUCUGAGGAUUAUAGCAGUGAUGAUUUCCUGGCUUUCCCAUCAGUUUACGGACAAAGAUCUGGAAUGUCAAGUUCAUGGCGCAAAAUACGUAAUAUGGUACACUGGUCACCAUUCAUACAGUCAUUUAAAAAGAAAUACCCAUGGGUUCAAUUAGCCGGUCACCAAGGUAAUUUCAAAGCUGGUGACUUUGGUACUGUUCUAAAGAAACACUGCCCUAGAGAACAGAGGUGUCUUUUGUCUCUGAUGACAGAUAUACUUAGACCUUAUAUACCUGAGUACAAAGGUGAAGUCGACAAGAAUGGAGAAAAAUAUAUUCAAAUGCAAGAUUUACUUCAAGACUUUGAUUCACCUUCAGUUAUGGACUGUAAACUUGGAACAAGAACCUAUUUAGAAGAUGAACUGAGCAAAGCAAGAGAAAAACCCAAGCUUAGAAAGGACAUGUAUCAGAAAAUGAUAGACAUAGAUGCUAACGAACCAACAGAUGAAGAAAAUAAACUAGGUGCUAUUACAAAACCCAGAUAUAUGCAGUGGAGAGAGCAUGUUAGCUCAUCAGCUUGUCUGGGAUUCAGGAUAGAAGGUGUCAAGAAAGGAGAUGGCCAUUCAAGUCGUGAUUUUAAAACUGUCAAAACUAAAGAACAGAUUGGUGAAUCACUGAAUUACUUUGUGGAAGGCGAUCAAAUUGUUAUUGCUAAAUAUAUCAGAAGGUUAAAAGCAAUCCGAGCUACACUUGAAGCAUCACCAUUUUUUUCUUCACAUGAGGUGAUUGGUAGCUCAUUACUUUUUGUCCAUGACAAGAAUGGCAAAGCUAGUGUUUGGAUGAUUGACUUUGGUAAGACAGUACCAUUACCUGAAGGAGAUUCUAAUGAUCAUCGAACACCCUGGAUAGAAGGCAAUCGUGAAGAUGGAUAUCUAUUUGGUUUAGACAAUUUAAUAGACAUAUGGUCAUGCAUGGUGAAAUCGUAACAUUAGAUGUAUUACUUUCUAUUCCAUAUCAGUGUUGUCAGUUGAGUACCGCUCUGUUAAAACUGAUUAGGAAAUGCAGAUAUUGAAAGGUAAACUUGUACUAUGCCAGGGAAAAGGUACUGAAAUGAAAUUUUUGGAAAACAAUUAAAAUUCAGCAAAUAAGAAACAUAAUUUUUUGUUCUGUUGCCUUGUUUGCAACUUUAGAGAAAAAUAUUCGUUGAUAUAUUAUUCAAAUAAAACAAUCUCUGAAUUGAUGAAUCUAUACUGUCUAGGACAAGACUUAGUUUAUAUACUUUGGUAUUACUUUGGGUAUUACUUUUAACAGUUUAGAUUCAAGACAUUAGUCAUACUGAGCUACUUUUACCUCGGCUUAAGACACAUUUACACAUUAUCAUUGAUUUGAAACAAAUAUAUUCUUAUGCAAUCACGUUUUGAAAAGAAUGACAGUUAUUAUGUACAAAUUUGAUUCAAGCUUUGAAUUCUCGAUAUCAGUGACUUAAAACGUUUUUUAUUUGUUUAUAAAACAUUUGUAUACCUUGUUUUCUAUUCUGUAGAAUAAUUUAGAUUGUUUCCCUGAAACAUACUGUAAUUUGAUGAUAUUUUAUAUUGCUGCAGUUCACUGAACCAUUAAACAAAACGCCAACGUAGUUCGGAUGUAACAAUUAGGCAAUCCUACGUCAUGUAAUUCACCCACUCAUAAGUAGAGUAAAAAUAGCCACUGGUUAUUCAAGUCAUCCCCACAUGGAAAAGUAGUGAUAAUGAAUUCAAUUUUACAUUAUGUUUGACUUUUCUAAAAGGUCUUCUAAAUCAAUAUUAUUAAAUUGAGCAGACAUGCAUUUCUGGCAUGCAGUCCCUAAAAAGGUUAUUUAUAAAAACUUCUGUCAAUGAAAAUUACUUGUACACGUACUUCCUUAUAUUCCUUCAAAAGAAGACAUUAUGAUACUCAAGCUACCAUGGUUGCUGCACAAUAAAUGGAAUUAUGAAAAUAACCAAAACAAAACAUCAUGUUUUUCCCUCCAGGCAGUCUUAAUCUCAAGUGCAAUAUUACCAGUUCUACAAGUUGUUCAGAGGCCCACAAUUUAACAAUCCAUUUUUUGCAUGAUGAUUCAUGAAAGUUGAUGCAAUAUGAUGGAUUAUUCUGAAGAUUCCCAUCCACACAAAAGCAUCUGAACACUAGUGAUCAGACCAAACAAACAAUAUCACACUACACUCAAUGUUGGAAUAUGCGUUUUAAUUGUCUUUCCUUAAUUAACUGAUUCUAGUACAGUUAUAAUAAUCUUUAAAAGUAUAUAUUGCCCUCCAGUGUUUUAAUUAAAAUUUGUAAGUUAAAUAUCAAAUUAUGUGAUAUAGUAAUUUAACUGAUUUGAUUUAUUUUAUAUUAACCAUUUAGUGUGGUUGCUGCAACUCUUACAGGGUUGGAUUUUGGUUAGCUAUUAUGAGACUACU